UGGUAUUCGCAUUUAUUUAUUUUAUGUUUUCCUUUAUAUAUUUUUUGCUCCGGCCUAGUCAAGAUGUUGCCCCAAGCCAAGCUGAUCGGUUUCUCGCUUAUCCUAAACCUCAUCCUGGUCUCUGGUGAGCCUGAGCUGCCGGCGGAGGUUAAGUUGCCGGAUGAACAGCUGGCCUCCUAUUGGAUACGUCAGGCACAGGAGCAACUCCAGCAGCGUUUGGCCCGGCUUAGAGACUCUUCACCGGACAAACGGAGGGCCAAGAAUGUGGUGAUGCUUCUGGCAGACGGUCUAUCCAUUACCACACUCACUGCUGCCCGCAUCCUGAAGGGACAGCGAGGCGGUGGCACUGGUGAGGAGUCUCUGCUUGCUGUGGAACGCUUUCCCUAUGCCGGUCUCAGCAAGACGUACUGCAUCGAUGCCCAGAUUCCGGACUCUGCCUGCACAUCCACCGCCUAUUUGGGCGGGGUAAAGACACGGGUUGGCUGCUUGGGUCAGAGUGCCAGCGGUGAGCCGGUGGACUCGUUGAUGCAGUUGGCCCAGCGGGCGGGCAAGGUCACCGGUGUGGUGACCACCACCCGUCUCACGGAUGCCAGUCCCGCCGGUGGCUAUGCCCAUGUCUCACGGCGUGGCGAGGAGCUGGAGAUUGCCCGUCAGCUGAUGGAGGAGGAGCCGGGACGUAACUUUAAGGUACUUUUGGGCGGUGGCCUUGGCAAAUUUGCCGAUGAGCGACGUGAUGGCAAGGAUCUCUUACUCCAGUGGCGUCAAACGAAUCCACAAGGAUGCUACUGCCGCUCGCUGACAGAGCUUAAGAACUGCUCCGGUAAUGGUAGCCUCCUGGGCAUCUUCGGUGAUAGCCACAUGCCGUAUCAUUUGGCUGCCACCAAGGAGCAGCCACGUCUUAGUGAUUUAACAGCGGCCGCCUUGGAGAAGUUGGAGCAGCAGAGUCGAGUGAAUGGUCGGGGUUAUGUUGUAUUCAUCGAGGGCGGGCGGAUCGAUCAUGGACACCAUGAGACACGGGUGGGCUAUGCCCUGGACGAGACCCUCGAGUUCGAUGAGGCCGUGGAGACAGCUCUAAGGAUGACUGACCCACAGGAGACCCUGCUGGUGGUCACCUCCGAUCAUUCGCAUACGCUGACCAUGGCGGGUGCCGCUAAUCGUGGCACAUCCAUUCUGGGCAUGGACGAGCAGCUGCAGCGGGAUUUGGAUGGAGUGCCCUAUAGUACCCUUAACUAUGCCGUGGGCAAAUGGCAGAGCUCGGAUAAUGCCGGCCGACGGAUGAGUCCCAAAAAGAAGCUGAGUCCCACCUCCUUCACACCGAGCUUUAUCAAGGGACGCAAGGGUGUCCAUGCUGGCGAGGAUGUGGUCGUAUUUGCCAUGGGUCCACAGGCACAUCUCUUUGGCGGCAUCAUGGAGCAGAAUCUCUUGCCCCAUCUAAUGAGCUAUGCCGCCUGUCUGGGCAAGGGUCUGACCCUCUGCAAUCAGGAUCAGCAGCCUUAGAUCCUUGCAUUUUCUUAGUAAAUUUUUUGUUCUUGUGUUUGUUUAAAUAAAUACCACG